CAAAUUAUCAGGUCAAUGAUUGGAAUUAUUGAGAUUAUCACGAACUCCCCGAUAUACCCCUCAAAGCCAUACGUGUAUAACCACCAGAAUUCCCGUACUUUUAUUACCUAAACCGUGCUGCAGUGGAAUAUUAACCCCUCCCCCCCCAAAAACACAGACCCAGAGUUUGGUAUGAAAGACACGGUUUGGCGGCUUUUGUUGUUAGUUUGCCUAUCUUUUUCCCGUAGUAAAAUAAAAUCAUUUCAUUUCAUUUUAUUCAUCAUUUUUUCGAAUAUAAAAAAGAUAAAUAUUAAUACUUAAGUAGCAACUGCAGCUCAGUUAGCUGUCCACUCGUUUUUUAUUCAUUUUCAUUUUAUUUUCCUUCUUCUCUUUUCUCUUCUUACACUGAGUUUUCCAGGGAGCAGAGAGAAAGAAACGAAUUCAUAAUUUUGAAAAGAAAAAAUUUUCAUUCCACUUGAUUAUAUUUUUUUCCCACUGUUUGACAUAGAUUUUGCCGGUAAUUUCCUUGGGGAAAAUCGCAGUUUCUGAGAGCAUCAUUUUUUCCCUAGUUAGUUCGGAGCUAUUUUGGUUACAUUUCUGUUGGAGAGAUCUGAGGUUUUCUUCUGGUUUUAGUCAGCGAUCUGGGAGUUUGGUUUGGUUUGGUUUUCUUGCAGGGAAAGAAUCGAAGAUAUUCUGUUCUGAUUUUUUUUCUUUUUCUUGCCUUUGGUAAGACGCCAUUGGCUGUUGUUGAAAGAAAAAGGAAGAAGGCGAAGAGUUGUAGUUUCUUUUAUGUCUUUGUAUUGUAAGCUUUUAUUUUUUGUCUUUGUAAAUACGCGUGGGCGUAGGAGUAGGACUCGUGUAAUGCUGGGGUCAGAGUCUGAGAGUCUCUCGUAAAAACAUCCUCUUAACUACUUUUGUCUGAAAAAUACCUCUCCAUGACUUCUGAUACAGAUCACCCAUUUCCACUACUUCCAGAGAUCUAAAAACAAUCCCAGUGCUCCAGUAAAUAUCCUUUAUUUUUUUUUAGUGACCGAAACCUUACAUAUUAUAGUUAAAAAAAAAAAAAAGAUGAUGAGACUGAACACUAUAGCGACAGGGCUGUCCCCGGUGCCAAAUGGCGACUCAGCUUUUGGCGGUGGAGGUGAACCGGCUGCUAAUGAUUGGGAGCUUACACCCGGAGGCAUGUUGGUACAAAAGCGAGACCCGAACUUCGAUCGAAUCUCCAUCCCACCACCGAAUAUUAGAGUUAGAGUCAAGUACGGGUCCAUCUACCACGAAAUCAGCAUCAAUUCUCAAGCUACAUUCGGGGAAUUGAAGAAGAUGUUGACAGGGCCAACAGGAUUACACCAUCAAGAUCAACAGCUGUUAUACAAGGACAAAGAGAGGGAUUCCAAUGCGUUUCUGGACAUGGCAGGUGUCAAGGACAAGUCCAAAAUUGUUUUAGUUGAAGACCCAAUUAGUCAAGAAAAGAGGAUAUUGGAGAUGAGAAAGAAUGCCAAGAUGGAGAAGGCUUCUAAAUCCAUAACUGAAAUCAGCUUGGAAGUCGAUAGGCUUGCUGGCCAGGUGUCAGCCCUUGAAUCAAUAAUUUCUAAGGGUGGGAAAGUGGAGGAGAAAUAUGUGCUUAAUUUGAUUGAGCUGUUGAUGAAUCAGUUGCUUAAAUUAGAUGGGAUUAUGGGCGAUGGAGAUGUCAAAUUGCAAAGAAAAAUGCAGAGCCUUGUCUAUUUGCCAUUGUUGAUGAAGGUGAAAAGAGUUCAAAAAUAUGUUGAAACAUUGGAUAUGUUGAAGAUUAAAAACUCAACGCCUAGCAGCGACCGAGGUGAUCAUAUGGAGACGCAGAAUCAACACAGGCAUUCGAAUGGGCAAAAACUAACCCCAAUCAAAGAGCAGCAAUCUAGGCAUUUUAACGGGCAAAGACUAGCACCAAUUCAAGAGCAGCAAUCAAGGAACUCAGUUGCACAUUUGCCAAUCUAUCAACAAUACCAGCAGCAAUCAAGGCAUUCAGCAUCGGAGGGGGUCGUAGUCACCACAAAAUGGGAGACUUUUGAUUCUUCCCCAGCAUUGUUGCCGGUCUCCUCAACAUCUACAUCAACCUCCAAUAAAUCAGUCCAGCCAAAGUUCCCUUGGGAAUUCUUUGACUAAGUACUAUGCCGCGUCUCCUUUUACUUGUGUGUGUGUGGAUGUGCUUUGGGUUCGUGUUCCAGUUGGGUUUGUUAUCUCUUCUUCUUCUUCUUCCAUUCUUUUUGUGCUUAAAUUUUCUUGGGCAACCACCCCCCCCUUUUCUUACAUCUGUCAUCCAGUUCACCAGAAAAUAAAUGGGGCUUCCACCAUAGUGAUGAUUAUUAAUUACUAUGAUGAUUAAAGUUAAAACUGUUAAUUCUCCUUUCUAUUCUAUUGUCGUUGAAUUCAUAUUUCAAUUUGCACUGUCCUUUUGAUGGUGACAAACACUUACAUUUGUAGACUUGUUAAUUGAGAUACUAAGUUUUUAAACUUCCGGAUGAAGGGGAGCUGUAUUUUGGAUGCCUGAUGUGUUAAUUUUCUUUUAAUGAUAGAAGUUGUCAGGUUCCAUCCUA